AGUGCCAGUUGCAAACGAAGGAUCCGAAAAAUUCAAUAUAGUUUUCCCCUACCCCUGAUAAGUUGUAGUACAAGACGAGAGGGAGAGUGACGAGUAGAGGAAGUGAAGCCGUACCACUGUAGUGCUCUCACGAAGUAAGUAGAUCCCACAGACGAGGUGCAGCCCAGACGUUGGCCUACGCCUCUUCCUGAAGGAGACGGUAGCGAUUUUGAUUUCGUUUUGGUACCUUACCGUUAUUUAGAAGUACUCAGGGAGCGAUGAAGCUAUGAUGGUAGUGACCAGUUUUUGAACACGAUGGACAGUGAACUGCCUGUACCUAUCUUUGUAUAUUAAGUCUGCAUUUUAUUUAUUUAUUUUCAUCGAGCUGAAGUACGAAGUGAAUGCGCUGUAAAUCUGAACCGAAGAGGACAUACUAUCAUAGAUCAAAAGUUGUGAUGCAACACUGACAUGGCAUCGUCCUCCUCCUCUGCUGCGGGACCGCUACGCCAGUUGCGGGACCGCUACCGCAUCCUGCUGGUCGGCGAUGCGAAGACCGGCAAAUCGGCGUUUCUCAGCCGUUAUGCAUUGCAAAUUUCAUCAUGUCUGGGUCUGAAAAUUUGUGUUGCUGAUAGUACUCGGAUACGAAUCGUGCCAGAGUACGUAGCCGCUUGUUGUACCGCAUGGCAGUACCAGAAGUGCUUCCAGGCUACUCAUAAUUGCAGUUCCAUUUCUCGUAAAAGAACGCACGACCAACUACUGGCAAGAACAUCCAGCACGACGACGAGAAACAACAAGGUGGCGACACCUAUUUAAAGAUGCAUUUUCGUAGAUGAAGACCUGACAAAAAAUCGAAAUCCAGAUUCAGACAUAUCUAAUGUUUCAACUGCAUAGCCGUGCCGUCCGCGACUUUUUUCCCGAGCAUUACCUUCCCACCACAGCCAAGGACCUCGCGGAGAUGGCGGCCCAUUCCGAGGAAACGCAGGUAGUCGUGGUGAAACUCGAUAGCGGGGUCGAGGUGGAGCUGCUGCUGGAAGAUACUGUGACCACCGGAGGGACGGCCGCUGCAGGGGGAGCAGCUGCGUCCACAUCAUCGUACGGGGCCCAGGUCUUUGGCAGCACCGGAGCAAGGACUACCGCCGCGUCCGGCAGCGGCGGUGGGGGCUCAAGUUCGGCGAACGAGGUAGGGGUGCAGGAGCCGCCGCACGGAAUAUGAUAGUGAACUCAGCUCCUCCCCCUCAGCGUUCAUCUGAAUAAAUGCAUUCGUUUUAUUUGGUGCAACAGAAAUAAACAACCCGAGGGAACAAGAUGGCACUUUCGCCUGACAAACUCUUUGUGCCCGAAGAACCGUAGUGCACCUCGGGCUUCUUCUUGUUGGAGCAGAGCUUCCCAUGCAAGUAUCGCCAAAAGGCCAACACAGAAUUUGGCUCUUCGCAUGACAAAUGAGGGAGAGGGGGAGUUGUGCAUUAGCAUGCAGGAUCCUGUACUUGUACGAUCUGCUCGUAGACGAGUCCUUCGAGCACAUUCUCACCAUGUGGGAUAUGAGACUGGUCUCAAACGUGUACAUGGUUUGCUGUCACAAGAUUUGUCAUUGUCAUGCAAAAAAAUUACAACGAGUACAGUACGAGAACGAACCAGUGCAGCGGCCACACGGCUACUUCGCAUGACAAAUUCUCGAAGUCGUUUUAUUUUCACGGAGGGAGUUAUGAUUAUUUGCCGCGUCAAAUGAGUAUUAGGAGCCGCGCAAGGUUUCCCCUUUCACUUUUCCUAAAUCAAUGGUAGAGCACAUCACAAAUUUACGUAACAGCUGGGAACGUAUUAACGCUUGAGCACCCCAGCAUACGGGAGCCGUUGGCGCGCGAGGCCUACGCCGGUUGUCACCACGUCGCCGCCGCCUAUCAAAAGUAAAAAUGUCUGGGUCUGGAAACUUGUGAUGCUGGGUGGCGUCUCAUGAUGAGGCUACGAAUACUGGCUCUGCAUGACAAGUUUCUGAGCUCCUAGGUGUUGCCUAUUCAGCAUGACAAACUGCGGCUCUGCAUCACAGAAAAACGGAGCUCUUGGGUAACGUGCAUGACAGAUUUAAGAGUCAUGCCAGACAAGCAUGACAAACAUGAAUUCUUCCAGACCCAGACAUUUUUACAGUUGAUACCGCCUCGAGAGCCGCGAUCCUGGAGGGACAGAAAAUCCGGCAAACGCCCGGCAUAUCAAAUGUAAAACUGUCUGGGUCUGGAAGAAUGCAACUUGUGAUGCUGCAUUUGGAUUCCAAAAAAAAUCUGUAUUGCAUGAGUAGCAAAGGAAAUGCAAUUUUUGCUACGCUGAGAAGGCAUUUGUCAUGCGGAAUAGGUAUCGCGAAGCCCUCAAAAAGUCUGAGAUGCUAGGGCAUGCAUCACAGACAUCGUGGCCCAUGCAAAACGUGCAUGACAAGUUUCAGAAUCUUCCAGACCCAGACAUUUUUACAGUUGAUACGGCACGUUCCCGAAAAGAAUCGUCGCAGGGAACAAGGCCGACUUGCUGGCCCUUGCGUCCUAUGCAAUGCAAAAGUAUCGUACUCGUAUAAAUGCAUUACAAAUUUCCUCAGCAUGAGAAAUACAAUUUGUAAUGCGGGUUUUCCUUAAGAGCAAGAUUUGUAAUGCAAGACUUGCAUUUAUACGAGUGCGAUACUUUUGCACAGGAUACGUCCGGCUUCGCCCAGUACAACGACGUAGCAGAGGUGCUGUAUGGAUUGCAAAUAUGUCCGGGUCUGGAAACGUGUAAACUUGUGAUGCGCAUUUCGGAUCACACAACAUUCUGUCAUGCAUAGGCUGCAAAAUAAGUUGCUCAUUUCCUGUCAGUACCGAAGUAGGGGAUUUGUGAUGUGGAUUAGGCAUCGCUACUUACACCUCCUCACAACCUGUGAUGCUAGGCUUUGCAUGCCAGACCCUCUGCCUCAUGCUCAAACAGCAUCACACUCUCCCAGACAAAGACAUGUUUGCAUUCGAUAGGCUGAAGAAGGAACUCAACUGCGCCCUGACAGAAAUCAGUGCCAAGUGGGGACUCAACGUGCUGGAAACGCUGAAGCUCUUGGCGGAGGAUAUCCGCGCGGACCUGCACGAUUUGGCGGUAAAUCCGGUUCCCGAACCCAUGGCCCCACCGGUUGUGGUUGAGCCCGCCGUCGCGCCUCCCAGGUAAGUACUUACUUACAAUACAACAAGCUCUAAAAAUCCAGUCUGGCUGAGAGGUUCUAAGGACUUCUCUCUCAUGUGGCACCCGACGGCUAGAGGAGAUGCAUCUGACGUCUUAAUAGCGAUACUUAAGCCGCGAAGCGGUUCAACGGCGAUGCUAGAAUAGUGUGCAGUUUAUUCAAAUCUGAGAAAGUAUUUUGCUUUGUUUUUUUUUCACAGCCUGGCCAUCUAUCCCGGCCUCCAAAAAACAAGGUCCAACCCCCUAUACUUCGCCCCAGAAGACCCGAUUUAUCUUGACUACAAUGGCACCACACCUACCCUGUGUAAAAACAGCUCCAGCCCAUAGCCAAGAUGGAGGGAAGUAAUCUGCUAGACAAUAAAUCUACAACUUUAUUUGCGAUUGGUCGUGCAUGACAACUUUGGCGACGCAGUAUAGAGGUCCUGCCUAAGUAGCGGCCCAGAUGACGCGUGUUCCACUUCGCAAAUCCAUUCUAUUACUCCUUGAUUCGCGCAUGACAGAUUACCAAACACGAUUGGAGAUGAAUGCCCGCCACGCGGAGCCGCAUGACAGAUGUUCCACUGGGCAUGCAGAUUUGCAUGACAAGAACCACAACGCGGGGGUGGGGACGUUUUUACUCUGGAUAGCGCCCGUGGACGCACGCGUGAUGGAGGAAAUGGAGCCCUUUCUGCUGUCCGCCAGCAAACCCGGGUAUUGGGGCAAUGCCAGCAGCUCGCACGUGUUCGGGCAGCGGGCGAAGGCGGCGCUGGAGCUCGCGCGGACCCGCGUGCGGGUCUGCCUCAACGUCCGGGAGGGGGACGAGGUGCUCUUCAUGUCCAACGGAACCGAAACCAUUAACCACUGCUUUUUUGGCUGUUCGAAAAACAACUUCCAGCGCGGGCACGUGAUUACGCAGAAAACGGAACACGUCGCAGUGCUGGAAGUUUGCAAGGCCCUGGAGAUGUGGGAUAAUGUCAGCGUUACGUGUAUCCUGUGAAAUAACGUACUUACGCACCCCCUAUAGCCAAGAUCAUGGGGAGUCUGCUUACACAAAUCAAGAAGGUUUGGCUGUUGCGCAUGACAAAUUUGAGCUCAGAGUAUAGUCGUGUGUGGCUAGUGCAGCAGCCGCGUCACAAAUCGAUCAUUUCAUCCGUACUAUAGCAAGACAAGGUCAACAUCCCAGAUCUGGCAUCUUAGAAAAGGGUCCUCGGGGCUGCGCAGGAGAAACAUCUUCAUCAUGCAGAUUUGCAUGACAACUCUGGGAAGAUGGCGGGGACGUUCUCACACAGGAUUACCUACCUCGACGUGGACGAGCAUGGCGUCGUGGAUCCGGAGUCCGUACGGAUUGCAAAUAUGUCUGGCUCUGGAAGAUUGCAACUUGUCGUGCUAAAUCUGAAUCAUGCGAAAAUCUGUGUUGCAUGAGUGCCAAAAGCUGCCCACUUUCGGCCAAGUUCGGAGGGGAUUUCUCAUGCAGUAUAGGCAUGACAAAAACCUCACAGAGUUUGUCAUGCUAGGUCCCGCAUUCCAGACCUUGGAUAUAUGUCUGGCUCUGGAAGCUUGUGAUAUAAGUUGGACAAUCAUCAGGACGCUGCGAAUGACGACCACCAGCAAGCGUAGCAAGUUUUUGCCUAUUCAUCUGUAUGGCAGCCUGCGGUUAUGCAUGGCAGAAAAUUCGGUCGGUAUCUAUUACAGGCUGGGUAACGUCGUGCAUGACAGAUUUACGGGGCAUGCUGGCCGAGCGUGACAAACCUCGCUUUUUUCCCGAGCCAAACAUGGUUGCAAUGAAUAAACCGUGGCGGCGGCGCUGCGGCCCGACACGUUUCUCGUAUCGAUCCAGCACGCCAAUAACGAGACCGGGGUGGUACAGCCAAUAGCGGUAUCAAAUGUAAAAAUGUCUGGGUCUGGAAGAUUGCCAGGUUUGGUUGGUUGGUUGGAUAGCGCCUGUCGCCGGUGCAGGUCCCGCCCUCCAUCGAUUGCGAUCCGGAGUAGCCGGAACACAAGGCCCUCAGGUUUGUCAUGCACAUUUUAUUGCAUGACUCCUGAUGUCUGUGAUGCAUGCCCUAGCAUCACAGAUUUUGUGAGGGCUUCCUGAUGCCUAUACCGCAUGACAAAUGCUCUUUCCGUGUAGCAAAACUUGGACUCUCUUUGCUGCUCAUGCAAUACAGAUUUUUUUUAGAAUCCAAAAUCAGCGCGACAAGUUGGAUUCUUGCAGACCCAGACAGUUUUACAGUUGAUAAGCGGAAAUCGCGCGCCGGAUUCAGCAGCGCAACUGCGUCAUGUACGCGACCGCGCACCUGUAUGGAACUGUCAGGAUCGAAAUCGACAAAGUAGUAGUAACUUGUAAUGCAUAAAAUCUAUACCAGUUGGAAGCCCAAUUCCCAAGCGUUGCAUGACAAUUUUUCCGAGCUCCGGAAUGCAAUUUGUCAUGCUGUUUGGGCACAGAAGACUGCUUUUGUCAUGCUACUUUAGCAGCUCUAUUUCAAACCCUAAACAGGCUGACAGUCGGCCUCACUUGCCAUCCCCGCAAGACAGGCACGUCAUGCCUUGCAUUUUAUGCAUGACAAAUCAUUUAUUCAACUUUGUCUAUUUUAAACCUGGCGCUUCCAUAACCUGCACAAGGAGAGGGUUCCCAGUCUGUGGCGGCGCGCGUACAUUCAGACCCCCCGACUGGGGCGGAGUCGGAGCCGGCGCGGGACUCCCUCCCUAUCGUGAGGAAAAAUCCGUUGUCCCCAUAAAUUCGAUGAGAAACUGCUGCUCACGCGGGAUUCUAAUUUGCAUACACGAAGAGGUCGAUUUGUAGUGCUAAAAGGCAAAGCCAAAGAGGCGUCCUAGUCUAGCGCGAUGGAUUUGUCAAGACGCUGAUCAUAUUCCCGGCAAUGCCGAAAAGAUGCGGCUGGUUCCCGUCAUGCCGAACAUGCACCGCUUUAUUUCCAUGCCUCACAGCAAUGCGAAUGCCGUACGCAUCCUUAUUUGCCUUUUGCCAUAUUAGAAUUUUAUUUUGUUUUUUUUUAUCCAAAUGGCCAGCAGCAGUAGCAGAACAUCAGGUCGCCUUUCGAAUUAUCGGGAGGAUGGAUGUUUCAUCUUGAUACCUCCAGCCGCGGCCCAGGUCGCCCAUGCGCGGCGCCACCCCCCGGAACUAUAACCCGGACACGGUAUCCGUAUCAAAAUAUUUUUCGAUUAACGAGGAAUAUAUUCAAUAAGUGGACCUAAUCUUCGCGAUAAUGUUAAAAAUGAUGAAAAAAAUGUACAACUCGAAUUGCGCAACUUCACCUGAUCGACUGUCCCGUGACUUCUUUUGGCGUCUUUGCUAAAAUUCUGGUAUUUUCGUGGAACCAGUCGCACAACCUCCAAAGUGUGGCUUUGCUUCCACAAAAGGAUGGAAGACUGAUGAUUCACCCAAGAAUUCGAUUAAUUGAUACGCAGCAAGGAUCUUGUCUCACAGUUGGAGCCGUAGUCACGUUUAUCCCUUGUUCUCCUACGUAUCAUCAUCUCAAAAUCACCUAACUACACGACAAUCAGCUGCCGCAACGGGAAUUUCUGACCCAUUGCUAUUUUCACGUGGAUUAUCGCACGAAGAAUAUUCUUACCCUGUGGAGGAGUUUCGCAGCUUUGUGAUGCUUUUGCAGGGCGCUGAUAUUGCGAAUAGUUUUCUACCACCUUGCAUAUACAAAAUCGCACUUAUUCGCAGUGAUCCAGCACUUGUAGUUCAUCUACGCUCGUAAGUUUCAUCAGUGUCCUAUUUGUAUUGUGCUGCAGUGCCCUCUGCAUUUUUUCGUGCGAUAGGAACGCGAGCCAGUCGGUGGGCAAACUACCCGUGGACGUGCAGGCGCUGAACUGUGAUUACCUCACGGUCGCCGGUCACAAGGUGUACGCGCCCAAGGGCGUGGGGGCCCUGUACGUGCGGAGUUCGCUACUGGACACUUUUUUCAGCCAGGUUUUCACGCCCUUCCUGAACCAGUUGGUGGGGUCCCAAGCGUAUCCACAUCGCGAAAGUAUCGUACUCGUUGUACUUGAAAUCUAAAAAUCUGAGCCAUAUAAUAGAACAGAUCUGCUCAUAACUGGCCUGUUAUAGUGCAUGACAGGAGACACAUUCCGACUCUGUUCUUGAAAAACUUUGUCAUCACAUACGAUUUGUAUUGCGUAAGUACACUUUAAAAAUACUUUUCCAAUGCAUAAGGCCGCGGCGCGGGAGGAAAAGCUGCAGAAGGCAACGCGUUCGGACCAGGCGACGAAGGGUACGAAGUCGGUGGCGGUGUCCAAAUCGGCAUCACCGGCGGAUGGUGACGAAAUCGAGGGUGCCGGCGAGCAACCUUUGGUGCGAGCGGAUAUUAUGCCCACGGAACUCUCAGCGACGGACGUGCGGAAACUGUUGAAGAAGGUGUCCGAGACCGUGGCGGAAAACCAAGCCCUGCUCGCACAGCAGCACGCGAGGAACCUGGACACGGCGUUUGUGUUGCUGCCGAAAGACGAUUCCCUGUUGGUGGCCAACUGCAGCCCAAUUCUGCCACCCUUUCUGCACGGCGCGGGACAGGAAAAAAAGCUGCGGGCGUCCACGGAGAACGUGGCCUACUGCGUCGGGCUGGGGAAGGCGUGCGAGUUGACAUUGCAGGUCGCCGACGAGUAUGCAUUGCAAAUAUGUCUGGGUCUGGAAGAUGUCACGCAUGCUGUUUUUGCAUGACGCAGAAGGUCAUCUGGCAUGGAAGCCCUAGCAUCACAGACUUCGAGAAGGUUCUGCAAUGCCUAAUCCUCAUGACAAAUCCCUGACUUUGGUGACAGAAAGUGGGCAACUUUUGCUGCCUAUGCAUGAGAGAUUUCUAGGUGUUCUGAAAUGCGCAUCACAAGUUUGCACUUACUCUUCCAGACCCAGACCCUUUUGCAACCCAUAGUGGUCGUGCUGAGACAACGAAAAAAACGAUCUUUGACGCGCGGAUCUCGGAGGAGCUCCGGCGCAAGCGGGACGCCUUUGAGGCCCGCGUCUUGCGGGCGGUCGGUCCGGAGCACGUGGUUGUGAAUGGAGGCGGUGGAAAAAUACCGGGCAGCUCCGCCAAGUCCGAGAGCGGGGCGGCGCAAAACGGGAGUUCCACCUGCGCGGUGAAAGAAUCCGACCAUUUGACGGAGGAAUCGGUGAAAAAGCUGGAGUAUCAAAGGCAGAGACGUGUCAGGGUCGUGAAAGGGGAGGAUGUAAGGAUCUUGGCACGCGCGGCUCCGGGCGCAUGAUUCCUCGUGUGGAAAUAGAGAUUUGUAUUGCAUGAUAUUAAACAACGCGCAGCGUUCCUUCUUCAUCUUCAUGCAAAAAAGCAGUUUAGCAUUCUAUUUCGGCUGCGCUUAGAAGUAGUGUUCUCAAUUAUAACCCCAGCCCCACGUAGUAAACAAGUUUCCAGGUCGUGAUCCAGACAUGUUUGUGGUUGAUAUGGGGCAUUUCGUGGUCCUCGACCUUCCAAGAAGCGGCGAGGCGGAUCUAGAAGUUGGGGACGAGCAGAACAUCAAGAGGGGAAACAAGCACGCCGGCAGCUCGUCGGCACAGGGAACGGUGACGCGGCAGACCGAUCAAGCCGUCCCGGCGCCACCGCGGCGAUUGCCCAACACGAGUUCGCUGUCUUUCCUGCGAGUGACCGACGCGAAGGCGUUUCUGGGUCCCGCCUACCUCGGCAGCCACGUGGCCGCGUCCGCGGGGGCGGCGUGCCAUUCGGACGGGCACGCGACCUCGCACGUGCUGGAGGCCAUGAAGCGAACCGUGCGGCAGAUGGCGGGAACCGUCCGCUUCACGGUCGGACGCUACACCACCGACGCCGAAAUCGAAGAGGCCGCGGACGCAGUUGCCGCGGCGGUGAGCCGCUGGGUGGCAGACCAUCCCGACGAGGCGGAGAGCAACGGCGACGUGAUGAAAAAGUGA